AUGGGGGAAGGUGGAUCUACUGAAAGAGCCAAUAGACGACAAUUGCAACGAGAUAUUGAAACCUGUGUUCAUGUUUUGCAAGAAGGUGUAGAUACAGAGGCAGCAGAGGCCAUUUCUGUAUUUAGCAAUAAGACAACAUCCAAUGAAAAAUGGGCGACAACGUUAGCAGGAACUUAUCAAAUUAAGACUGAUGAAGAGUUUAAAUCAUUUGAAACAGAUAAAAGGUUAUAUAUAGAGAAGAUCGAUAAGCUUGAAGAAGAAGUUGAAUAUUUUGAGAAGCUUUGUAUUGAGAUGGAAGAAUUUAGUAAAGAACUGGAAGUGAAAACUAAAGUGGAGCGAAGUAGGUGA